GCGCUUGCGCAAACCUUACCCAACCCUACAUUUUGACGCUUCAAUCACAAUUUGACAUUACUUGUCACCUUGUUUCAUAACCGUAGCCCACUUCGAUUCUAAAAAAAUGGCUGACUCUGUUGCUAAUGUGAAGAAACCUGUGCUCCGUGGACUCUUGCACUCACAAAUCAAGAGGAACUUGGGUGCUGCCAUUGUCCUGAGCAUUGUCUCUGGCAUUGCACUGAAAUAUUUGGUCAAUGAACCACGUAAAGCCCAAUACGCUGAAUUCUACAAGACCUAUGAUAUUGAAAAGGAAUUCAAUGAGAUGAGAAACAAGGGUGUCUUUGAUUCAUGCAAACCAAACUAAAUGUUAAUCAAUUUCUCCCCCUUAGAAUGAAUAAAAUAGUUUUAAAUUAAAAAAAAGUUA